UUGCGGUAGACCGACUCGACCCUGAAGAUAGACCCAGCUGCAUUACUCCAUGAAGGGGUUCAUCCCGCCGUUGACAGAUCAAGUCCAUCCAGAUCUACUCAGCUCUAGAUGGGAUUUCCAAGAUCUUGGCGCUCGAGCUGGGCCGUUGUCGAGAAGGGGUGCUCAUGGCUCAUGGCUCAUGGCUGUUGCGAUGCGUGGUUGAGUUGUCGAGUUGUUGUCGCAGUGCCGCGGGGGACAUCACCACUUCGGGUAGUCUCCACCGGGAGGGCUGCCUGAGGGCUGCAACGAACCACGACAAUGUACUCGUACCGCAGGAUAGAGAGGCCUACACACCCUGGAAAGGCAGAUGGCAGGUGAUAAGAUGCUAUGCAUUUCUUUCAGCAUGCAGUGCAAUCAAUCAAGGAUUAUGCCUACCUGCCAGGGUCCGGCUUUUAAAUAGUCCCGUAACAUCACCAGGGGCAAGCAGCAGAAUCCGGCAUGACACUAAAUUUAGUACAUAUACAGGGAUAAAACAGGAGAAAAACAGCCGUUUCUAUUGCAACCGAGCGUGAUAUUCUUCGCAGUGUGCAUGCAUGGCUUGUCAAAUGGGAAAACCAUGAACCUCGCUUUUCCAAUU